GGGUGGUAGUUUUCCAGGUCAAACGUGUGAAAACGUCACUAUUGGAGAGACGGUACGUUAAAUUAUUUUCGUUAUUUUGUUUGCUUCUUGAAGAGUAGCGAAAACAUUGGUGUAAUGUAAAGACGGAAAUAUAGAAACUGUGACUGUCAGGGGAUGCAGUAGAUGGACAACAUUUUGUUAGUAAUAAUAUAUAUUGUAAGUUAACAUUUCUAAUACACAAUCAGAUAAUGAAAUGUUAAACCCCCGAAUUUAAUUCCCUGGCUCAUGUUUGCUCCUAAGGAAAAAAAAGCCCAUCAUAAAAUUAUGAUGGGCUUUUUACACACAGGGGCUUAUGUCGGGGGUUUCCAGUAUUUGGAUAUAAGUUUUGAUUUAUGUUUAUAGGUAAAUUUCACCGUUUCCGUGACAUUAGAGAAUUGUCCAGCUGGAGGCAAGGGAUACACACAGUAAGUGUAUAUGACUGAUUGACUGAACGCUAAGCUUUCAUGCAUGUAGAUGUAGAAGAUUUUUGUUCACGGCUGGCCCUGGGGCAAGCCACUAUGAUACGGGAUGAGCGGUGGUGGUCGGUCAGCGAUGUCUGUCCGGAUUGUCGUCAAUCUCGUACCCAGAGCAAUGCCUGUGCGCGGGCUAGGAUGGCAUUGGCUCUGGGGAAAUUGAAUUUUUCCUGUGCUGUGAUUGGUUUAACGUCUAUCAAUCAUGCAUGCCGACAAAGAACCGGAACCCCAGAAUUUAGGGGUUCCGGUUUCAAUUUCCCCAGAGCCAAUGCCAUCCUAGCCCGCGCACAGGCAUUGCUCUGGGUACGAGAUUGGAUUGUCGUGAAAUAUUAUCGUGAGCCGAAGUGAGGCCGACAGUAUGGCGAUCGAUUGUUUCGUGGUUUCGGUAAACCAUCCCCCAUGAGCGCAUAAAUUAAAAACUGGAAUUGCCUAUUCAUGAGGAAAACACAAAGAAAAAUCAUAAGCGUGUCGUAUCUUUAUAUGUGAUAGAGAUUUCUCUUGAUUUAUAUAAACCUUACAGUAACUUUAAUUUUCUCGACUUACACAACGUAUUUUUUGAAAAUUACUUCGCCAAUAAACUUACUAGAUCGAUCGUUUUUGAAGCAAUUUAAAACAUUCGCAGUGCGUGUUUUAUAUGGUAUUUAAAUCUGAUAAAACACUGCUGCUCAUGUUUUAAAUAGUACAUAAAACACCGUGCUGAAUUUGUUGGUGUUUUUUAUUGUGAUGUAUUAUCAAAACUGUAAAUGCAAACGUGUUUUACCUUUUCUGAACGUUUAGAUUUAGUAUAACCACAGCUCUUGGUGAUAAAGUUCCUGUUAAAGUGACAUAUCUUUGUGAUUGUGAUUGCUCAAAUAAAACCGUAAGUUUAUUUACUAUAUAGAGUUACAAAUUAUAAAAUAUAGUUUGUAUGGUUAUGCAUUGUGUAAUGUUUUUAGGUUCACAACUCGACAGAAUGCAGUCAACAAGGUAGCUUUACUUGUGGUGAUUGCACCUGCAAUCCUGGACAGUAAGUAGCAGCACUUCUUAGUAUAUACAGCUCAUGUAAAGUUGUGUACUUUUUUCCAAGGGCAAGGCAGACCAAUGUGAGGCACAAUUUGGCAAUAUUUGUACUGCAACUGGCAAAACAAUUUCUGACAUUGAGUCAUGUUACAGUAUGGUAGAAUAAUGUCCACAGAACAAGGGUUGUACCUAAAACAAUUUCUGACAUUGAGUCAUGUUACAGUAUGGUAGAAUAAUGUCCACAGAACAAGGGUUGUACGUUAAAACUGUCUCGUGUAGAAUAGUCUCAACCUAACAACACUAGGUUUCUGCGCAUGGCAAUGAAUUUCACGCAGUCGCAAGAGUUUUCAUGCAUUCAUAGUUGCUUCUCAAAUUCAUUAAUAAUUCAUGAGCAAUUCAGCCAAUGAUAAUCACCUAGGUGAAUAUGAUAUUUGUGGUGUUACUCUGAGUCUAUAUCCACACCGGGCGAGCUUGAAAAAUAUGCCCGGCCACGGUGGGAUUCGAACCUACGGCCUUUGGAAUACUAGCCCAAUGCUCUUCCAACUGAGCUACGCGGUCAGGACGGUUCGAGUAAGUGAUAUUUCCUAUAUCACUAGCGAAUUCCAAAGGUCGUAGGUUCGAAUCCCACCGUGGCCGGGCAUAUUUUUCAAGCUCGCCCGGUGUGGAUAUAGACUCAGAGUAACACCACAAAUAUGAUAAUCACCUAUUUGAUCACAAGAUGCCAUUUGGACGACCCGGUGAAACUUGAUGAAAGUCGCUAGUGUUUUCAUCAAAUAUCUUAAUUACGCAUGCAAAAUUACUUGAAUAGAAUUCCUAAUUACGUUAUGCUUGGUUAAGAAUUCUAUUCAAAUCAGCAAACGAAAACAUUCUGUUACGUCUCGAUUCAUUUGAGAAGCAUAUAAACAACUCGAGCUCGUGUCUCACCGGGAUAUCCAAACACUCGAAAACAAUGUAUGAAAACACGAGCGCGAAAACAAAAUUAUGUGGCAAAACAUCAAAAUUAUCCACAGGCGUAAAGUAUCGAAGAAUUUUAUUUAUCUCUAUGAAAGCUCACUCAUGUGUAUUUUUAAUUUUAGCCUUGGUGAAAAGUGUGAUUGUCCUGUAUUUAGGAAGGAUGAAGAGAGUGAAAAAUGUAAAGCGUCGUAAGUACCAUGCCUUACUGUACAUGCAUGUAUAACACUAUACAUCUACAUUAGAAUUCGGCCAUUUUAUUGCUUGGAUAGAUAAAGCCGAUUUUCCACUAGCGAUUUUUUUCGCGCGUGGCGACCUUUUUCCUUUGUCAGCAUCAGUGUGCUUAUAUAUCUAAUAUAUAAGCGCCCUGGUCGGCAUCCAUUUUUCCACGUCUUGCUGACGUAAUAUGUGAUAACGACAAAGGAAAAAGGUCGCUCGCUAGUGGGAAACCGGCUUAACACUCGCGUAUUUUCUCGAUAUGUAGUUACUUCUCACACAGGGCAAAAGACACAUACUUCCCAUUUAUAUGCUAGAGCAUAGUUGAUAGAAUAGAUGGUUAGGAAACUCAUUAGAAUAACAAUAUAACUCAUUAUCGAUGUUAGUCAAUGUUUAUUCAUAAAUCAGGUCCUUCACCGUCACGUGUGUAUUGUAUUUUUGCCAAAUCUACCAAUAGCAAUUUCCAAUUUCGAGUCACGCAACGGGAAAUUUCCUAAAACCUGCUAUUGGUUAAACAGCCAGAAACGCCACAGACUUGUUGCAAGUUGUCAACUUUACCGGCUUGUUGCAACUUGCCAACAAGUUGCAACAAGCUUGUUAAUUUCACCAAGUUGCAACAAGCUUGUUAAAAUCAGGCUUGUUGCAACCUGUCAUUUGCAGAUUUGUUGCAACUUGUUGAAACAACUUGCAGCAAGCCUGUGGAUAACAAGUCUUGACAAGUCUGUUAGAACAAUUUGCGACAAGCUUGUUGAAUCAACAAUGUUGUUGCAAGUUGUUAAAACAGACUUGUUGCAAGUUGAUAUUAUCAAGCCAGCAUCAAGUUGUUGGAACAACUUGUAACAAGCCUGUUGUUAAUGAGUUAUAUUGUUAUUCUAAUGAGUUUCCAAACCACCUAAUUCUAUUAACUAUGGCUAGAGAGAUGAGUAACUAGAGACAGAUGGUCACUUUGGAAGAACAUUGGCAAAAAAAUUCUCAAACAGACGGAUUAUCGGUCAAGACGAACCGCUUAUUUAUCAAACAGGGCGAACUUUUGUGCGUAGUUCGUCUUCACCAAUCAUCCGUCUAUGUGUGUAAGUAUCAGGGGCUGGAAGAGGAAUGUUUUUCAAAUAUUUAUAUAUUUUUUCGUUCGUCAUGCGUUUAUGGAUUAUCCGUUAGUCUGUAGUAUAAAUAGUCGGGCAGUGUCCGAGAAAUUAAUUUCUAGAAAUCAAAACGUAUGCUCGUACAGUAAAUAUAAUUAUACGUUUUGGUUUCUAGAGAUUCAUCGAGUAUAUGUAUAAUUAUGUAUUUCUAGGAUUCAUCAAGUAUAUGUACACUGAUAUAUUUCUAGGAAUUCAUCAAAUAUAUGCAGCGGAAGAGGCGAAUGUGCAUGUGGGAAAUGUAUGUGUGGAGAGAAGGUUUGUCAUUAAUAUGUACAUCUGUAAAAGCACUUGUAACCAAAAUUAAUUAUUCGUUUCCCAGUCCUUGCACGAAACGUACAGUAACGAGCCUACAUUAUCUCCAAAACUCUUAUUAUCUCUGUGUUCUCGCGCGAAAAAACACGUCAUGUUUUUUCUCAAAACAUUCAGGAAUGCGACUACUUUCCAACAUUGAAAUCGACAGUAUGAAAAUGGCGACAUCUGAGUGAUCUGCGGUAAAUUGAACUGACAUUAAGUAGUAAUAAUAGUUUGACAUUUUACUAGUAUAGGCGUAGGAGUGUAGUCGCAUCCUGAAUGUUUUGACAAGAAAACAAGCGAUGCGAAGCAUCCGAUAGGAAGCAUCCAAGAGCCUUUGGCACUGAUAAAGGAUCGAAAGCUUUGCAAUAAUAAACAUACGUGUUAUUUCCCAUGUAAACAUACAAAGAACUUACUGUAAUUGUUGUUUUGUUAAAGUUUGGUGGUUCAAGCCGUAUUUAUGGUGAAUUUUGUGAGUGUAGUGACCUGCUUUGUGAUCGUGAUAUAGAUGGAAAUAUUUGUGGAGGUAGAGUACAGAUUGUAUAA